GGCGGGGCGCCCGCAGCCAAUAGGGGCGGGCGUUGUUUUGAACUGGCUGCGCUCCCGGAAGCGGCGCGGAGGGGAUGCGGUGGUGUCGGCGGCGCGCUGGGCUAUUACAGAAUGACCUUGCACUGAGCCUUUGUGGAAGAAGCAAGAUUUAAACAUCAAUUCUUCAAUGUGCAUCCUUCUAUUCAAAUUUGACCCCCGACCAGUUUCAAAAAAUGCAUACAGGCUUAUUCUAGCAGCUAAUAGAGAUGAAUUUUACCACAGACCAUCCAAAUCGGCAGACUUUUGGGACAGCAGCAAUGAGAUCCUCAGUGGUCUGGAUAUGGAGGAAGGCAAAGAAGGUGGGACGUGGCUGGGAAUCAGUAAGAAAGGCAAGAUGGCAGCCCUGACCAACUAUAUGCAGCCAAAGAUUGAUAAAAAUGCAAAAGGAAGAGGUGCUCUUGUAACAAACUUCUUGACUACAGAUCUGGACAGCUACUCCUACUUGAAGAAAGUUUCAGUAGAAGGACAUCUUUACAAUGGAUUUAAUUUAUUAGCAGCUGACUUGAAUACCACCAAAGGAGAUGUAAUUUGCUACUAUGGAAACAAAGGAGAACCAGAACCUGUUUUCCUAAAUCCUGGAAUAUAUGGAUUGAGUAAUUCUUUGUUGGAUACACCGUGGAAGAAACUUCAAUACGGGAAGCAGCUUUUCACAGAAGUGGUCAGGAGAAGUCAAGACCUCACCAAAGAAGACUUGGUGCAGGAGCUUCUUACAGUGAUGAAUAAUCAAGAGCCUCAAUUACCAGACCCUGCGAUUGAAGACCAAGGGAAGGAUUACAUACGCCCCAUACUGAACGAGUACGCAGCCGUGUGUGUCCGCUGCCCAGGGUAUGGAACCAGGACUAACACGGUCGUUCUCAUUGACGCGGAAGGACGGGUCACGUUCACGGAGCGCAACAUGGUCGAUGCAGACGUCAACCAGUGGAAAACAAGCAGCUAUGAAUUCAAACUGCACACGUAGCAGCUUCCCCUUGGCAUGGGCUGUAAUAAAAGCAAGAGAGAACACGCCAUUCGGCUCCAGUAAAUGCUUUGUGCCAGCCUCCACAAGCUAAAAACAGCAAGGAAAGCAAAACUUAAAUAAACUGGCAGCGUACCCUAUCGGGCUCGCAAAUCCUCUGGAUAAAACCAAACAAAGAGACUGUUUUUACAUUAAAGUAGCAACUUAUAAUCAGAAAUACAUUUUUAAAUAUCACCUGCCUCCAGGGCAAGGCCGUCUUUGCCCAUGACAAAGUCCUUGCUUUGUUGUGGGUGUGCUUGGUUUUGAGGUGGUUGGUUGGUUUUUUUUGUCAAAGAUGUUUUAAGCAGGCUCUUAAACAUGUUCUCGGUUCCAACAAGGGGAAACAUUUGCUGCUUUUAUUGUUCUGUCCAAAGUUUUUACCAAACUUUGCUCUCCCUUCAGCGUGAGCUUUUGAGACAGCGCAGCUGGUGCGGGUGUGCGGUGGGUGACGGGGCGUUUGCCUUGCAGCCGUAGGUGCUGCAGUGGCAUUCAAACGCUUCGGCGGUGCCACGCUGCAGGGUGCUGCCUGGGGAGGGCAGGGCGGGGAUUCCUUACGUUUCUUUUCCUACAGGUAAUACAGCAAUAUAGCUUCUUUCUAAAACGUGAUUUGAGAGUAGGCAGGAAAUUUAGUUCAGCCUCUGUUCAGUUUUACUGAAAAAAUCCUGGGAGUGCACUUGCUGAUCUUUGACCCAAAUAAAAUUAUUUGUAUUGUGA